CCACCACCAUAUCACCAACCCUUCCUAGCUCUUCUCUAUCUCUCCCUCUUUGUUUCCACCUUUCCUCUUUCUCUCUUCUCUGCAUUUUUUCUUCAAAACUGAAGCUGUAGCCAUGAAACAAAGCUUUCGUUCUCCUGGUCUUCUCCUCUUCCUCCUUUUCCUUCUCCUCUCCUAUUCAACGACAAGCGCUCGACUAAUGAUGCAACCAAAACAAGGUGACAAGGCUGCAAAGGGUCAUGAGAUUGUUAACCCAGAUCCCAUAUUGAAGACAGCAGAAGAGGAUACAUGGAACCUGCUGGGAUUGGAGAAGUGCGAGAACUUAGAUGAAGAAUGCCUAAAGAGGAGGAUGAUUUCAGAGGCUCAUUUGGACUAUAUUUACACCCAACACCAUAGGCCAUAGAUUUUCUCUUGUAAACAUGAUCAUGAAGUUCCAUAGCUUCUCUUAUGCCUCAGUCUAAGCAAUCCUUCUCCUACAGUUUAGUUUCUGUACUCAAGUACUUCUUUACUCAGCUCCUGGGCUACAAAAUUUCCACAAAAAUAGCUUAAAAGCCGGGUAUUUGUCCCCCACUUGUUAUAUAUAUAAUAUAUAUUGAAACUACAACACCAUGGUAUGGAUGAGUAUCGAUCAGUACUGUUUGUAAUAUCAAUUCUAGCUAGUACCCUUUUA